CCAAAACCCUUUCCUUCAUUUUUUUUCUUUCUUUCUCUGCUGCUUUCGAAGGCUCUUCGCGCACACGAUACCCGACCCGAUUCGUUUACAUUCGGAUUCGAUGCUUUUCAUAUCUCUCAUCUGGUAACCAACCCAAACCCUUCGAUUAUCUCACAAACAAAAACCCUAGAAGGCUCAACCUCCGAUCGCUCCGCCAUGGGAGACUUCAACGAUGCCUUCAUGCGCAACCCGCAAAACGCCGCCGUUCAGGGCCGCACCAAAGUCCAGAACCGCGCCAACGUUCAACAGCUCAAACUGAUUGGGCAGAGUCACCCCACUGGUCUAACAGCAAACUUGCUGAAGCUCUUUGAGCCUCGGCCGCCUUUGGAAUUUAAACCGCCUCCAGAGAAAAGAAAAUGCCCGCCAUUAACAGGGAUGGCGCAAUUUGUGACUAAGUUUGCGGAGCCUGGAGAUGCAGAAUAUUCUCCACCUGUCGUUUUGGGUGAAACUCCUACACAAAGAAGGGCUAGAGUACAUGCGUUAAGACUGGAGAUGGGUGCAGCAAAGGCUGCUGAGGAGCUACAGAAAUAUAAUCCACAAGAAGACCCAAAUGUUUCUGGAGAUCCAUAUAAGACAUUGUUCGUGGCUAGACUUAGUUAUGAGACAACUGAAAGCAGAAUCAAAAGGGAGUUUGAGUCUUAUGGUCCAAUCAAGCGGGUUCGAUUGAUUACUGACAAAGAAUCAAAUAAACCUAGAGGCUAUGCUUUCAUUGAGUAUUUGCAUACACGGGACAUGAAAGCUGCAUAUAAACAAGCUGAUGGAAGGAAGAUUGAUGGUAGAAGGGUGCUUGUGGAUGUUGAACGUGGUAGAACUGUCCCAAAUUGGCGUCCUCGCCGACUUGGUGGUGGGCUAGGAACUACCAGAGUUGGAGGUGAAGAUGUUAAUCAGAGAUACUCAGGGAGGGAGCAAUUGCAGUCAGGAGGACCAUCUCACUCUGAGGAGCCAAGGGCACGAGAGGAUCGGAGUGCAGACCGGGAUAGGGAAAAAUCACGUGAAAGGGGAAGGGACAGAGAGAGGGAACGGGAGAAAUCCCGUGAACGCUCCCAUGACAGGCAUAGGGAACGUGAUCAUAGGGAGGAUAGGCACCACAGAGAUCGUGACAGGGACAGGGAUAGGGAGAGAGAAAGAGACCGGGGUCGGGAUCGUGACCGAACACGUGAUCGUGAUAGAGAGCGAGGUCGGGAUCGUGGCCGUGACUAUGAGCGUGAUCGACACAGAGACCGUGAUAGGGAGCGCGAUCGUCCUCGAGAGAGGGAGAGUGAGAGAGACUAUGAUGUUGAAGACCAUGACCAUGACCGCGGGCGGUCUGGUGAUAGGGAAUCUAAUUAUGAUCGGGUUGAACCAAAGCAUGAGAGGGACCGACAUGGUGAAAGAGAGCGGGACCAUGAUCACGCUGAACCAGAGGAUGAUCGGGGAUGGUAUGAACAGCCUGAGCAUGGGCAUAAGCAUUCAGACCCAGACCAAGACCAAGACCCUGACCACUAUGAGCGUCGUCGAAGUCGGAGCCAGUAUGAUCAUCUGGAUGUCCAGGAUGAUCAUGACCGUUAUGACCAAUAUCGUGAUCGUGGUCAUGACCAAUAUGAGCGAAUGGAGGAUGAUGAUUACCAUUAUGAGCGUGCAACAUCUGAGUCACGUGAAAGGGAGAGAACUCGAGAUCCAGAGCAUGAGUAUCGACGAUCAGAGAGGUCACUUUCUCGGGAAUACGAGUAUUGAGGCUGCUAGUACAACUUAACUUGUGCUUUUGCUGGGCAUCAUUUAAUCAAAGCUCAGGGCUGUUACUUGGAGCAACUUCAUUCUGUAUGGAUGUUCAAUUCUCUUUUUCACUUUUCAGUGUUGACUAAACUCUCUAUUUAAAGGUUUUAUGACUGAACUGCUUGAGGAUUUGUUCUUGUGCUGGUGAUUUUUGUUUUUGAUGUUUGAGAUGGAGUGAGACUCUGCUGGUAUUUUAUUUGCAGGUUUUUUUUUUUCUUUUUCCCCGCUUUUUUCUUAAAUUCUUAUUGUAAACCUUUUAGACUCUUUAGGUAUUAAUGGACUUUAUUACUUUCGUA